GAUGUAUAUGAGCGCAGGCGGCGGGAUCUCUCUCCCUUUUACCGCCAUCGGAGCGGAGUCUUUCUUCCCCGGGACAUCGACACUGCGCAGCGCCGCUUCACCAGUCCAGCCUCCGGCCACAAAGCCAAGCAUCACUCAAGACUCAGCUAAGAUGGCAGACAUCGACAACAAAGACCAGGCUGAGAUGGACCCGGCAGAUAUGGAGGACGUGGAGGAAGUGGAAGAGGAGGAGACGGGAGAAGAUGAAAACAGCAAAGCUCGUCAGCUGACCGUGCAGAUGAUGCAGAACCCACAGAUCCUGGCUGCGCUGCAGGAGAGGCUGGACGGUCUGAACGGCUCGCCGUCGGGCUACAUGGAGAGCUUACCAAAGGUUGUAAAGAGACGUGUGAACGCCCUCAAGAACCUGCAGGUCAAAUGUGCCCACAUUGAGGCCAAGUUCUACGAAGAAGUCCAUGAACUGGAGAGAAAGUACGCGGCCCUCUACCAGCCCCUCUUUGACAAACGAAGCGAAAUAGUGAAAGCAGCGUAUGAGCCCACAGACGAGGAGUGUGAAUGGAAGGCGGAUGAGGAGGAAGAGCUGACAGUAAGUAAGCAGGACGAGAUGAAGGAGAAGGCCAAGUUGGAGGAAGAGAAGAAGGACGAGGAGAAGGAGGACCCCAAAGGCAUCCCGGAGUUCUGGUUAACAGUCUUCAAAAACGUGGACCUGCUCAGUGACAUGCUGCAGGAACACGAUGAACCCAUCCUCAAACAUUUACAUGACAUUAAAGUGAAGUUCUCGGAUCCAGGACAGCCCAUGAGCUUCACGCUAGAGUUCCACUUCGAGGCCAACGACUUCUUCACGAACACGGUGUUGACGAAAACCUACAAGAUGAGGUCGGAGCCGGACGAGAGCGACCCCUUCUCCUUCGACGGGCCAGAGAUCAUGUGCUGCACGGGUUGCACGAUCGAGUGGACGAAGGGCAAGAACGUCACGUUGAAAACAAUCAAGAAGAAACAGAAGCACAAGGGCCGCGGAACAGUGAGGACGGUCACCAAAACGGUCCCCAACGACUCCUUCUUCAACUUCUUCACCCCGCCAGAGGUUCCAGAAAAUGGAGAGUUGGACGAGGACUCUGAGGCAGUCCUGGCUGCAGACUUUGAAAUCGGCCACUUCAUCCGUGAGCGUAUCGUACCUCGGGCCGUGCUUUACUUCACAGGAGAGGCCAUCGAGGAUGAUGACGACGACUACGAUGAAGAGGGAGAGGAGGCGGACGAUGAGGAGGGAGAGGAGGAGGCUGAUGAAGAGAACGACCCCGACUACGAUCCCAAGAAGGAUGCAGUCCCCCCAGCUGAGUGCAAGCAGCAGUGAAGCCUGGCCUGGCUGCCUUUGAGGAUCAACUGCACUGUAACUGGCUUCUCAAAUUAAAAGUAAAAAAAGAAAAACAGAUCUAAAAAAAUAGUUACUUACCGCCUUAUAAUGUUUUGUAUUUUUCUUGGUAGAGAAUUUGAAGAAAAAAAAAAAGUUUCAAGAUUUUUGUUACAAAAACUCAUGGUAUAAUACUGGGAGCUUCGUGGCUCAAUAUACAUAGUAUUUUACUAGACCUGUUUUUUUUCCUUCUCUUCCUCCUUCUCUGUACAAUAGAUAGAAUACAAGAAAAAAAAAUAUCUCCCUCAAAAAGCAUGAACUUGUUUCUUCACUGCUAAAACUAGUUUGGGUUCUCGUGAAGUCUUUUGUUGUAUUUGCUCUUAGACAACAGCUGUGGUUUAGACUGCAUCGGGGCAACAUCGAUUUAUCAAACACCCCCUCCCUAUUCCCCUACUCUUCCUCCUACCAAAGUUCCAGGUUGGUCAGUUCUGGUUGUGCCAGGUGAUUUUUUUUUUUUUUUUUUUUUAAUUCUUAGCGGGGGCUGAAGCACUGUAGCAUUUCCAGCUCUAGUGACAGAGGAUAGGUGGGUGACCUGCAGCCCGGGUGUCUAUUCCACUUUAUCUAAUCUCCCUGAGCAUGGGAUCCGGAGCUGGUUGUUUUUGGGCUACUUCCUGCGCCCCUUGUGCUCUACUACUUUCCACUCUCCAUACAUUCCAGUAAGCAGACUGGCCGGCACCGGCGGUGAACCUCUCUCAAAAAACUGAAUAGACUUAUCUAAAAUUGAGCCAAAAAUGAAGUUUUUCCUGACCUCUUCGUCCCAUCGUAGGUCGCUCCCAGGGCUUGGCGCAACCUGGUCGAGUCUCUUAAACAUUCCAGAGAAUUCUGGGCCACCCCAGGCCCCCAAUAACCCAGUGCUUCAGGCUCCUCGUAGGCUCACAGUGGUGUGGCUGUCGUCGCUUUCUAUAGCACUUUGUACUAGUGUGUGGUGUACCGGUGGCGUCCCAUCAUUGGUUAGCUGUCUGAGUACUCCUUGUAAGCAGCACUUUGUUUGACACCCGCUCCCCCAGCCCCUGCCUAAACAGGCGCUGGAGAGGAGGUGGCGGUACUGUAGCCCAGCUCUGUGGAGAGUUCAACUCGUGCCAUCUUGUUUUUAAGUGCUUUGCCUCUCUCACCGGGGCAAGCACACUUGGCCUGUUCAGAGAGGCUCAGUAGGAACGGGGGUAGAUGUAGCACAGCGAAGGGGAAAAGGGAAGUCCAGUCCAGGUUUUCAAGUGUCUGUGUACAUGCCAGGUUCCCCAACCCCCUUUUCCCCAUGCAUCAGUUUAUCACAUUUACCUCACCAAUUCGUGACCGGUCAGGUGACUACCGCAGACCUUAGUGCAGCCCCUGAGGUCCUGGUUCAUUUUUAAUCACUGUGAAAGAAGGGGAGGGGGGGGGAUGCGUGAUAAGGCCAUCCUAUUGGCCAAUGACCCACGGCCCUCCCCCUACUCCCAAACUCCUCGCUUUGUUACCCAGAAGGCCACAGGGAAGCGCGUCAGAGCAAUACUAAAUAGCCAGGGAGGGGGACCUAAAGAAACCGUAGCCUGCCUCCCCCCACCCCCCCCAUUCCAUUUUCAAUGCCUAUUUGAGCUUGUGUUGGGCAGCAUCGUGUCCACUGUGGAGAGCCAGGGUACCUCUCAUUCUGCAGGGAGUAUUCAGAUCAUGUUCAUUGGAGAAGGAUGUGAGGGGGUUUCUGUAGGGUCCUUCUGAACGGCUGUUGUCAAGGCAAAAUGCUAUGCUACAAAAAUACUAAUGUACUCAAUAACUGUACGUGUAUGUUCAUGAAUAAAUUGGUUAAACAUG